AUGGCCGACCAGAAACCAUCCCCUGUUGCAUGUGUGCCUUGCCGUCGUCGCCAUCUCAAAUGCGACGCUCGCAUGCCGGUGUGCACCCGUUGCCACAACACCAACAACGACUGUCGUUAUGUUCGUUCCCGUCGCGGCCUGCGGAAUCGAUCCAGCCCGGAUCCGGGCGACCUGGAUCUCCCCGAUUUUACCAGCUGGCUGAAUGGGUCUCUUGACAUUGAUCCAGAGCUCCUCGACCUGCCCGAUCUCGACGUCAGUGUCGACAUCCACUCCGAUUCCAUCCCAUCGCCACCAGAGUUCAUCUCAGCAGUCGCAGACUCGGAGCCUCUGGCUCACGAUGCCAUGAUCCAGCUGUACUACCACCACUUCCACCGCUCGCAUCCCAUCUUGCUGCCCCGGCGAAGUCUCGCGUCGCCUCUCUGUCAGCAGAUCCCAGCCUACAUUCCGCACAUCAUGCGCUACAUUGGCAGCCACUACUAUCCCCACCCAGGAUUCAGUGACUCGUUUCACACAUCUGCCUACACGGUCUUGUCGGCUCCCAAUGACGGGUACAAAGUUCAGGGCCUGCUACUCCUAGCCAUCAUCGAGCACGCCUCCGGAGGGGAAGAGAAGGCACGGAAGCUCCUCCAUGAAGCUAUCCAGCUGGCGUGCCGCCUUGGGAUGAACAGCACCUCUUUUGCGCGAGCCCACUCCUGCGGUAGCCCUAUCCUUGAGGAAAGCUGGCGACGGACAUACUGGGAGCUCGUCGUGGUAGAGGGGAUCAUUUCGGCUCUAAGCGGGGCCAUCCUGCCCAGCCAGAAAUGGAUCAACAACGAAAUGCAGCUCCCGUGUGAUGAAAAUGCCUACAAUGCCGAGCCUCCCAGCCUAUCCACCCUCCCCGACCCCGACAUGCACCACAUCUCUUCCUUCACCCACCGUAUCCUAGCAAUCCAGAACCUCCGCGCUGUCCUGCAAAUCACGCAAUGCCUCGACCCCGAUACCGAAUUCCGAACCGAAACCCUGGAUGCCCGUCUUGCCACCUCUCUCAUGCGACUCCCUUCUUCCCUUCCAGACCACGAUGCCUCCACUGUCGACGAAAUGGCUUUUCAAACAUUAAUGAUAACUUAUCUAAGCCUAAUCUAUCUCCACCACCCCCACUCCACAAUCCGUCUCUCAGCCUACCACGCCACCACCAUCAACUCAACAUCAUCGAUACUCCCACCAACCUCAACCUCAACCUCAACCUCCUGCACCCGUGUUCACGCCAGCCCAAUCUCCUGCGCCAACACCCACAUCACCCAACGAACGCCAAAUACAAAUACACAUAACCAAAAGCUCCUCCGCGCUGCAGACCUCCUCUCCAACCUCGCCACCCUCCCCAGCUCCGUCAUCUCCCGCACCCCAUUCUUCACCUGCGGGUUAGCCAUCGCUGUUGUGGUGCACGUUGCUGCGUUGGUGGGACGUAAUUCCCCACUAUCGUUAAAGAACCACAACACGACCGAAUCGCGGGAUAGAGAGCGAGCGAAAGAAGACUCCCUCAAAGCGAGGAUCGAGCUGGGAUAUAACCAACUCACGAGCCAAGAACAGCCCGCAGCCGCAGCACAUACACGCCGAGUUGGCGUCAUCGGUUAUAAAACUCUUCGCUUUCUUCCCUUUGUCUUCGUGAUAUUUGCGACCUUUGCUUCUUCGUCCUUGGGGAAUGUCAUCCCGCAGAUCGAGUACCCGGAUGGAUCUCUUGUUCUUGGUUUAUUUCCCACGACCUGA